AUGACUCCUAACCCGCAAGUCCUUGUCAACGCGCUUCCACUUCGCUUAAAACCACGUAGAUCCCGGUCCAAAACUGCAUUGGAACUUGCCGAAGAGGCUUUUGAAGCGGCGUGCUAUUCCAGCUCAUCAGGUGUCGUGAUAUCGCACAAGAAUGGGACUGGAGAGGUUUUAGUGGCAGAAUCCUUUGAAGACUCUGGCCUCCAUUUCAUCUUUUCCAAGUCCACCAACAUUCAAUACCCAACAAAUUUCGAUGAUAUUGGUGUGGGAUCAGUGGUACAAGUCUAUUGGACCCGAAGCUUUGAGAGAGUAGUAAAAACCGCUCAUAUAGUGAUUCAAAUCGAGAAAAUGGAGGUUUACAAGUGCGCCACGUUGCUCCGAGAUCGCAUUUUCGUCACCUUCAACUCUCAUGUGGUUCCAGGCGUUGCGUUGGGAAUUUCUGAGCGCAACACCACUGUGGCAUUUCAUCCGAAUUGUGCUCCGAAGCUCUCGACGGAGACGUUAGAAGCACAUGCAGAAGGAAGGACAGAGUUUGAGAUGAAAGCUAAACAUCGAGAAAACACGAAUCGAAUGGUGGAAGUCUUCCUUGUUCUCGUACCAUUCCGGGUGGAAAUCGCUGGAAACGUCGACAAAAUUCCUUUUGUUGUUGUCAGAAAGAUAGCGAAUACACGUGGCAGAGAAGGUGUCGCAGUCAUCACCAAGAUCAUAAAAAAUCACUUUAUGGAGGCCAACUUCUUGAAGUCGUCGGAGCGGGUGUACUUCAAUUCGCAAGCGUGUCAUUCGAAUAUUUUGGAAAAAGUGACAAUUGGCUCACUGAUCAACGUGUGUGCUUCUCCGGCCUUCCCCACUUCUCAUUACCGCUGGUACGGAUACGAUGUCACUUUGUGUAAGAACUAUCUCGCCAAUGCUGACACCCAGCAAAGUUUCAACAUGAGACGCAACAAAAUCCUUCAGAAUUAUGACGAGAAUGAUCCGGACGGUGGUCAUCCGAUGAAGAAUGCCAAGGAGGCGUUUGCCAAUAUCACUUUUGCGGCGCUGCCAGAAGAGGAGGUCCCACAGAACCUUAUGAAUCCUCGAGAAGCCAACGAGAUCGUCGACUCCUACUUUGUUGAUCGCAUGGAGAUUGACGACAAGGAAAAUCGAUAUAUGAGACGAGUGGAAAGAGAAGAGAGUUACCUGAGGCAGCAACGAGAGCUAGAUGAAAAUGAAGAUAUGCAAACGACACUUCCAGUGUAUAGCGAAUCGCUGGCAGAUGAGAUCCAUGGAGUUUUGGAACCAUUCAACCUUAACAAGCCUCGUACUGUGACUCAGCAGCCUCCUCCUCCCAACGUUCCCUAUUUCAUGCUUCCCCCUCCAGCUACAGUACCCCGAACUCACAGAAGAGGAAACGAACUGCCACCACCGCUAUCAGUUGAAGAAGUCCGAGCACGUUUUGGCUCACUUAUGGAUGCAGAUGGAUUCGCGUUGAAUCAAAAGGUUCAGCCCGAGUUUGUGAUUCCCGAUACGAAUUGGAAGCCAACGGAGAGGAGAUGGAUAGGGAUCCACGAUGACGUCCAAUGGGUGUUGAUGGCCACAUUUCUGCCGCCACCGCCAGAAAAUUGUACAGAGAAGAAGCUGCUAGGAGGGUGGUGGUACCGUCGAAGUGUCCCGCGCGAGCAUCCGGUUGGCACUGUGGAACGAAUGGAAACUCGUCGAAAUGUGAUCAAAGAUUGUACUGUUUCAAUGCUUAUCGAAUGA